AGAGCUUAUAGGCAAUCGGACACUCUCCAUGGAUGAAAAGAGAUUCUGACGAAGAAGAAGAGAUGUUGACCUGCCUUGGUUUUGUUUCGCAACAUGUUUCUGCUGUCGGUUGUUAUCACCGCUGGCGGAAACACAACAUAUCAUUUUGUCGUUCUUCAAGUAGUUUACGAUAUAGUGUUUUUAUAGACAACUCGAAAAAGCUUGGUAAACUUCGUUCCUUGGGUCGUUAUUCAGACACAAGUCCAUUGGUUUUGAAAAUGUCGAACAGUGACAGUGGAGAAGACAUUUUGCAGUCUAUUCUCAAACGCAAAGCAGUGGAAGUUGAACAACUGAAGGAGAAACUGGCAAAUGAGUCAAGUGACAAUCCUAUAACGAGUCGCUUAGCCAUGGAAGGGUCUUUUGAACCUAAAGAUACCUUUUAUUGUGCUCUUAAGAAGCCCAAUUUUACUCUUUCAGUUAUUGCAGAGAUAAAGCGCAAAUCUCCAAGUAAAGGACAUAUUGGAAGUAUUCGUGAUCCUGCAGGGCUCUCAAGAAUAUACAAAGAAGGGGGUGCCAGUGCCAUCUCAGUGCUGACAGAUUUGGAAGGUUUUGGAGGGACUUUAGAUGAUUUGCGGAAAGUAUAUAAGGCUCAACAACAAUAUCGAGAAACCUAUCCAGGACCAGCUCCUAUUCUUCGUAAAGACUUUAUAAUUGAUAAGGUUCAAAUUGCCGAAGCAGCGGAAGCUGGAGCGUCGGCAAUCUUGCUUAUUGUUUCUGCUUUGGGCAAACGAACAAAGGAGUUGUUGCAGGCAACUUACGCUUUAGGCCUUGAAGCAUUAGUGGAAGUCCACAACGAAGACGAAGUUGAUAUAGCUCUUCAGUCUGGCGCCAAGAUCAUAGGUAUCAAUAACAGGAAUUUGAAGAAUUUUGAAGUAUCUUUGGAACAUGCCAUAAAGCUACGUCAACUAUUACCACCUGAGAUAGUUUCAGUGGCAGAAAGCGGUAUAUCUGAUCCUGCCGUUGCCUGGCUAUUAAGAGAUGAAGGAUUCAAUGCUAUACUGGUGGGAGAAGCUCUGGUAACUGCAGCAGAAAGGAGUGAAGCAGUCGGUACAUACUACCAAAAGCCUGUAAAUCAAGCUUAUGGUUUGAUAAGAGCUUUCUUAUCAAAGAGUUCUCGCAAGUAUGCCAAUUCAGCUACUGCAGCGUUGUGGGGACAGGGAGAAGGUGCAAAGGAGUUUCUGGGUAGCAUUUCCAUCUAAAGUUUAUUCGAAUCAUAAAGGAUUCACAUAAAUAAUUUUCAAAAAUU